AUGCCAGCCAUUUCUCAGCAACCCCAAAAGGACCAAUCGAUGGCUCUUGGAAAGGACCGCGAAAUCUCUACUAUUCCUCGUGCAGAAUCGUCUGAGAAACUGUGGGUCUACCCCUCUGAACAAAUGUUCUUCAACGCAAUGAGACGCAAGAACUGGAAUCCCGAAGAAAAAGACAUGGGAGUUGUGGUACCGAUGCACAAUGCAGUCAAUGAACAAGCAUGGUCCAAGAUUCUGGAGUGGGAGAAUAUGCACAAAACGCAAUGCAAUCAACCAAAACUACUUAAAUUUCAGGGACGUCCCAAGGAUAUUACUCCCAAGGCACGUAUCAGAUCAUGGUUUGGUUACACUCUUCCCUUUGAUCGUCAUGACUGGACUGUAGACAGAUGCGGAACAAAGGUCACUUAUGUAAUUGACUUCUACACCGGCAAGAGAGACCCUCGACGACCAGAGGCAGUUAGCUUUUACUUGGAUGUCAGACCUGCCGUCAGUCCUUCAGGUGUCUGGGACCGCUUGAAAUGGGCAUGGCAAAAAGGAUCAUUUGUGUAA